AGUAAUGUCAACAUUAUGUCAACGUCAGAGAUGUGAAUGUGAAAUAUGUUAUCGAUCUCCUUCUUUUCGUCUUCGUAAUCUAAAUAAAAGAGCAUAUAUUAUAAUCACUACGUUAUAAUCUAAAUCUUCGCGAAAGUAAACAAAACCCUCAGAGAACCUCAACUUGGGGUAAUAAGAGUCCUCGCUAUUGUAUUAUCUUCGGGAGACCGUAUUUAAAGUAUUUCGGGCUGUAAAUCAGUUUUGAAUGUUAUCGAUCGCCACAGUCUUCCGUUAUACAAAAAUGUAGUAUUCUCGUAACCGGACUGCAUAUAUAAGGAAAGGAAAUCCUCGGUAUGUCACUAGAAACAGUACAAGUAAAGAAGGAGUCUGAGUGGGACGGCGACGACGAGGCGCGACUGAACACGAACAAUGAGGAGAACAACGAGACAACAGAGCCACAACUGGAAAAUAAGGACCAAGUGAAAUAUGAUAUAGAAGCAGUAUUUGUAAAGCAGGAGCCUGUUUGUGAAAACACAGAGAUUUUUGGUUGCGACCAACCAGCCUCAAAGGUGUGUGACGUUGAGGUGAAGUCAGAGCUGGUGUGUGAAGAGCAGCAGUCAGGUUCCGAAGGACUUCCUCGUGGUGAGUAACAAUAAAAGACAGUUAUCUCAUUAUAAUAGCAGUUGCAAUGAUUGCAAAAUAGCAAGAGCUUACUGUUAACAGACUAUUUUAUGAAAGUGUUCUGCUAUUUCAAAAUAACACUUUAUUGGUGUUUUCUUCAUGGCGGUUCAACCUUCACCACGUCCAAUAAGGUCGCAUACAGUUUCAAAAUCGAAUUAAAAUAAAGUAAUAAGUAAUAACAAAUGUAAUAAAAACCAUUCAUCAUGAAAUAUAUUCUGCUAUACAAUAUUCAUAAUAAAUGUUUUGGGAUGACUCCACCUUUAAUCUUCAACACCAGAUGGCCACAUUCCACGUGUUGCCUCCCUGUCACACUUACUUACAAAUUAACAAGUGCGUCAGAGAGGCAACAUAUCAAACGUAGUUCGCGGUAGGCUCUCUGUUUCUAACGUUUUUCGGAUCCAUCACACGCGGCACGCUCUGCCUCCAUCGGCAUUUCAACUAAAUAUGCACAAUAACUUUUUUAAAUUCUCCUAAUUCUUGAUUUUACAGUUAUUAAGUUUUGAGAGCAUGUCUAACCACACAAAAUAGUCUCUUGAGUACAUUUAAAUCCGAAUAACUUGGGGGGCCAUUAAUUUGGCAAGAAAUAAGUUAAUUAUUGUAGUUUUUAAAGUCAAAGAUACCAAAGAGAUAGUUGGGCCAAAACACUUUUCAAUGCCUAAUAAAUAUUGUGGACAAAUUUUGUUUCAAGAGACAAAUUAGUUACUAAAAGAUAACAUUCUAUUACUUUUUUAUAUUCAUUUAGAAUAUUCAUAAUGUUUUCUAUAAUUGUCUAUCAUCGCUGCAGCAAAGUUUUCAUGAUAAAUAUAUUAUUUUUACCGAUAUUAAAAAAUAUAUAUCUUAUUAGAAAAAGAAACUGCAGAAAGAGCAUUGGUUAGUGGUAAACAACAAGAAACUUCUGGAGCCCAAGUAUUUUAAAUAAAUCUUUAGGCCAAAAUGGUAACGCAGUGGCAAUAAUAACAGAGUUAUUAAAUGUUAUGUAUUAAAUUGUAAGUUAAUUGUAUUAUAUUUCAAAAUAAGUGUAAUUGAUUUGAAUUUGAAAAGAGACUAGUUUUUAGGCAUUAAAAAGUAUUUUGGCCCAGUUAAUGUGAAUACGG